UGUGUGCGUUCAUUGGUUGACAUUUGACAUUGUAUAGGUUAUAAUAUUAAUAUAUAUAUUUUGGUUUUUUAAAUAUUUUUCUCAACUUUUUAAGCGUUUGAAGAGAUGAAUGAAUCAAUUAAUAUUUAUUAAUAAAAAUUUCAACAGCAGGAAUCUUACUAGCUUCGAAGAAAACAGUAUUUGUGAAAAAACAAAAAUGGACAUCGAAGAGCCUAUGGAAAUAGAUGACACCGUUCCUAAUACUGUAAUUAUCGAAAAUAAAAGGAUGAGUACCGAUCUUUUGCCACCGAAUGAUUCUUUAUCCAAUAACGAACACCAAAAAACAGAUAUAGAAAAUUCAAAUUGCAUUAAGACUGAUAAAUCGCAAGAGGGUGCCGCUAAUGAAGACAUGCUGAAAAAUCCUUCUUGUUUAUCAGACGAUGAUUUGGAAGUAAUAGAAGUUCCUUCUAAAAAUUUAACUAAAAGUGUUCCUGAUGAGCCUGAAACUUCAUCUGAAAAUAAAGAGAAAAGAAAAGAAGAUGACUGUGUAGUUAUUCUGACAGACGAUGAAGAUGAACAUACUACAACUGAUACCUCACGACGUAAGCGGGACUUAGUAGCCACCGAAGUUAUUGAUUUAGUCCCCCAAAAGAAGAAUUCAGUGAACAAUAAAUGCAUUAAUUAUGCUUGUCAGAGUGGAUUUGGUAUGAUUAAGGCACCAAUUUUCUGUUUAUCUUACUUCAGAGUCAAAAAUGCAGAAAACAAAUGUUUAGAAGUCUGUCAGGAGUGCUUUGAAGAAGCAUUCUUGCAUUAUGAUGGACUGUCAACAGCACUAAUGGGGGGUAAACUAUUGGUAGAACAAGAGGUGCCUGUGAGAGAUGAUAUGUUUGAAAUAGAUGACUCAGAUUCAGAAGAAGAUGCAGAGAAAGAAGUAGCUGAAUACUUUGAUAAUGAAUCUGUUGAAUUUCUUAAAGAAAAUUUAGACAUGGUUAUUAUGGAAACUAUUGAAAAAUACAAAUUAAAUGAACAAGUGAAUAAUUCAGUUAAAUAUUUGGUAGAAAAAGAAGAUAAAUUGAAAGAGUCGUGUAUACAAGUAGACGGAAUGAUAAAAGACUUGCGAAAGUGCUUGGAUGGUAUCCAGAGGAAUAUCUACAGCGAAUUUCGUGUAAGAUAUCAACAUCUUCCAUCCCUGGAACUUUGCGACCGUCCUUCCCAAAGUAAAUCAGGUCGAAGGUCAGAACUAAAUAGAAAAAGAUCCGCCUCUUGUUUCGAAAUGGACACAGACAAGCACCAGAUUACAUCAGAAAUGGAUAAAAUAGAUGACGUUGUAGAAGUACCUGCAGAUCUACCACCAAAAGGAGAAAUCAUCAAGCCCGAACCAGUAAUAGGUCAGGACUAUUAUUCAGCACGUUACCUCACAAUGGGCUCAUGGAUGCCCGUUAAGUUGGAAAAAGUUCUCGACUCUGGAGAAAUGAUCAAUGGACGUCUUACUAGCAAUCAUGUAUACAGUGUUUUGGUAAACAAUAAACAGAAAACGUCUUCCAGUAGCAGAUUGCACUCGGGUAGGGAAAUGGCAUAUUUCACGGCCCCAAACGUCCAACUUGACGUCGGCACUCGUGUCAUUGCUGUCUUCAGGGAAACUGCAACCAAUAUGGAAACAAAGAAGCACAAGAAAGAGACUUUCUUCCCCGGAAUCGUGGCCGAACCAUUGUCCGCUGCUAAUCGUUACAGAUAUCUCAUAUUUUUUGACGAUGGUUACGCCCAAUAUGUGAACCAUAACCAGGUUCGUCUCGUUUUCGAAUCAUCCAAAUUUGUGUGGGAAGACGUGCAUAUUGACUCGCGACCCUUUAUUAAAAAAUAUCUUGAAUCGUACCCUGACAGGCCCAUGGUUAAAUUGCGAAAGGACCAAACCGUUCGUACAGAAUACAGGGGCAAAUGGUGGCUGACAACGGUUAUGAAGAUUGACUGUUCAUUAGUGCAAAUGUUCUUCGAUGCUUCUAACAGAGUCGAGUGGAUAUAUAGGGGUUCGACGCGCUUAAACCCCAUGUUCAAAGAAGAGCAGGCUGCAAGUAAUCGACUGCAGAACAAAGCGCGAAUUAUGCCGAGGAUGCAAAGGGGAACGGAUAACUCUGGCGCUUACGUAGAAUACACUAGGAAUGAUGAGCAAAAGGAUAAAGAACUUCCGUCGGAAGCUACCGUGGCUCCUGUGAAAGCCGUUGCUCGGAAGAGCACAGCUAAAGCAAUGCUCAAUGCUGUCACAAAGCCAUCGCCUUUCGUUGGCGCCGUGCCCUUCUUACCAGUAGUAAAUAAAGAGAAAGAGACUUUGUCGCCUGCUACACCACCAACUAAAGUUGUGUAUUUUACCCCAAGGGCUCAAACGAAUCUCAGGGCCCCCUACAAGUGUCACGUAUGUUCUCCACGUUGCAAGCGUUACGUUCUUCAUAAUGUCAACAAACUAAAUAGCUACAACCCUCUCGCAAAACCCCUUUUAUGUGGCUGGAACCGACUUACCCUUAAACAUAAGGGAAAAAGGGAAAUAAAUUAUAAGGCUCCCUGUGGUCGUUUCAUUCGGACCAUGGCAGAAUUACAUUUAUACCUGAGGCUCACUGAAAGUGAAAUGACCGUUGACUUAUUUGACUUUGACUAUUGGGUUCACUGUCUUGCAGAAUUUAUGUUGGAAAAAGAUGCAACAAUCAACAAGGAUUUAUCAAAUGCUCUUGAAAACGUUCCAAUUCCUGUUGUAAAUUACAACGACAAUGAAAUGAACGAUUUCUGUAAUUAUUCCACAAAAAGAGAACCAAUGGAUGGGGUUAAUCUGAACUUGGAUCCCGAAUUUUUAUGUGGUUGUGACUGUGAAGACGAUUGUACCGACAAGAUGAAGUGUCAAUGCUGGCAAUUAACCCUGGAGGGCAUGUCUUAUCUCCAAAAGAACAUUUCUCCAGAUCAGGUUGGUUAUCAGUACAGAAGACUUCCAGAGGCUGUUCCUACAGGAAUUUACGAAUGCAAUUCUAGAUGUAAAUGUGCACCAACGUGUCUCAACAGGGUGGUUCAGAACCCCCUUCAGUUAAAAUUGCAGGUGUUUAAAACGACAAAUCGAGGCUGGGGUAUCAGAUGUCUCAAUGACAUCCCUCAAGGUGCAUUUAUUUGUAUCUAUGCUGGUUCUCUUCUAACAGAACAAAUGGCUAAUGAAGGAGGUAAAAAUUAUGGGGAUGAAUAUCUAGCAGAAUUGGAUUAUAUUGAGGUAGUCGAAAAGAUGAAAGAAGACUACGAAGAAGAGGCUGUAUUAGAUGAAGAAGACCUAAAGAAACCUAAAAGUCGCGAAAAUUCUGAUAACGAAGACGACGAAAAAGAACAAAGCACAACAGGAAGAGGAAGAAAGAAAAACUAUACUGAAGACACAGAUUUUGUUCUCAAUGUUAAUUUUAACGCUAACGACUCGUCUAUAAGAUCUCGAUUGAGACGAAGGCAUACAGAAGAGGAGCCGAAGACUGAAGUAAAGGAAAAUGACACUAAGAAGAAGGAAGCGACCGAAAAAAAAGAAGAAAAGAAGGACAAAGCCGAACCUGAAGAAGAUUAUGUCAUGAUUAGUGACGACGAAGAUUGUGUCCACGAACCCUCGAGUUUCAACCCUAAAGAUGAGUCCAAACUGGAUGAAACGCGCCCCAUGAAGUACAUGUCGGUCAGAGAACUGUACGCCGAAGACGAAUGCGUUUACGUAAUGGAUGCCAAAGUUUCAGGAAAUAUUGGACGAUUUCUAAACCAUUCCUGUUCUCCAAACGUUUUUGUACAGAACGUUUUCGUGGAUACGCACGAUCUUCGGUUUCCGUGGGUAGCAUUUUUUGCUUUAACAUACAUUCGGGCAGGGACAGAGCUCACGUGGAACUACAACUACGACGUAGGAAGCGUCCCUGGGAAGACAAUGUACUGCUAUUGCGCCUCCGACGAAUGCAGAGGUAGACUUUUAUAAUUCUUCUUUUUUUUUUUUAAAUGUCAGGCUCAUAGAAGUGUUGUAGUAAUAACUUUUUGUUUUAUUAAUUGUAGAAAGUUGAAUGAAUACUCUUUUGAUUCGAACUUCAUUUUUUUAACUACGUACAUUCGAGUCUGUUUUUAUACGAUUUUGAUUUAACACGACUGGUGAAAUCUGAGAAAAACAUUUUUUUAAUAUUACAUGUCUGGUAUUCUCCGAAUCACCUGACUGACUGGAAUUCCCUGAAUUUUAAUCUUUAAAUAUAUUAAUUUUGUCGAAAAUUAAUUUUAAUAAAUAAUGGGAUAUAUGUUUUACAAGAAUUCUUCCAGAAAGUCGUGUAAAAACGGAAUUAAACGUACGUGAAUGUUACUUGGCCUCAUAUACAGAAUCGCAAGAGAACUGUUAAAAUAGGGAAUUUUAAGUGUUUUAUUAUUUGUUUUUUGGUGUUAAGUACUUCUUUUAAUAAUAUUCUGAGUUAAAACUUUCCACAAAGUAUUUAUCGUUUGAAUAAAAGAGUCAGUGACAGUUUUUCUUAA